AUGUACACACCAAAUCUUGAUGCCCUGGCGACGCAGAGUCUUCUUCUAAAGCGCGCAUAUAUCCAGAUUACAUCAUGUUUACCUAGUAGAUCGCCCAUGUUGACAAGUCGUCGACCCCAUAACACACGCCUUUUUAACAAUGGCCCAAAUGUCCGGAAAGUUGGUGGAAAUUGUACAACUCUUCCGCAGUAUUUCAAACAACAUGGUUAUACCACUGUUGGACUUGGAAAAGCUGUGGCUGGUACUCAGUCGUUUUUCAUUGCCACAGGCUUCUACAAGCCCCAUUUUCCUUUUGUGUUCCCGGAGUCCUUUCUGGGGCAUUGCCGUGAUGUUGAACUACCAUCCAAUUCAUAUGCGCCGCGAGAAAUGCCUACAAUCGUCUGGAGUCCAUAUAUGGAACUGAACUCGUACGCAGAUAUCAGAAAACUUCGUGUGAGUAGUGCCAUGAACGCGCCCUUUCUUGAUGAAGUGGCUAUAGAUUUAAGGCGGGCUUACUACGCUACUGUGUCGUACACCGAUUCGCUUAAUCUGUUCGAAGAAUCUGUUCACAUCCCAUUAAUAAUUAGAGUACCCGGAAUUACGGAUACUGGCGUUUCUUCCCGUCAAAUUACAGAGUUUGUUGACCUGUUUCCGACACUCGUCGAGGCUGCUGGUCUUCCACGACUUCCGGAAUGCCCUGAGGACUCAAGGAACGUCACCACGUGUACAGAUGGCAAGAGCCUCCUACCACUUAUUAGAAAUCCAAAUAUACCUAUCAGGGCGGCAACUUUCUCUCAGUUCCGUCGCUGUAGUGACGUCAUGGGAUACAGUGAUUCAUCGUCAUCAGCAGUCUGCCCACAGAGAUCCCCCGCCAGUGAGUAUGUUGUGGGCUGCUGUGAGUGGCUCAUACAUGGUGCGGAACGUCAACUCUGUCACAGUUUCCAUGCAGUUUUUCUUCUGACAGACUGGACGGACAUCUUCCUAUAG